CCAUUUUAUAAUCUUGAAAUAUGAGUGUGGAAGCAGACGACUUGGAAGAAAUAAGUAAAAAGGAACAUUUACAGAAAGCUUUUUCAACAUGUCCACCUAUGGCUCCUUUUUCUACUGUUUGUGCAUUAAUUCUUCUGGCUGGGUUCGUAUAUGGAACUUUGUGGGGACUUCUGGAAACUGAAACAUUACCCGGUGGUCCAGUGUUUGGUCUUUACAUACUUGGCAUCUUUUGUUACCUAGGUGGACAAUUUAUGAGACUUCUGAAAGUUCCAACACUUGUUGGUAUGAUGGUUUCUGGAUUCAUUCUUCGUAACGUGCCUCAUAUAAAUGUAGCGAAAGACAUUCCUGAAAUUUGGGCAGAUAACAUUAGAAAUCUUGCACUUAUUUUUGUUCUGCUAAGAGCUGGCCUUGAAGUAGAUUCCGACAUCAUUCGAAACAACAAAAUUACCUGCGCAAAAAUUAUCCUUAUCCCAUUCAUCUCUGAGUUCAUAGUUGGAUCCGUCGUUGCACACUUCUUACUUAAAAUGAAUUGGAUGUGGAGUUUUUUGCUGGGUGCAAUGUUGUCUGCAGUUUCUCCAGCUGUUGUCCUGCCAGUGAUGCUAAAGAUGAUGCGAAAAGGACUAGGGAUGGUAAAAGGUAUUCCAACAAUGGUUAUUUCCGUGGCUGGGGUCGUCGAUGUUUUAUCUCUAACAACUUUUGAAGUAUUGUUUGGAAUUAUAUUAGGAACGGGUGGUUUGGUGUGGGAAGUAUGUCAAGGACCUGUAGAAAUGUUUAGUGGCAUUGCUUAUGGUAUCAUGCUUGGAAUGGUUUGUUGGUUCAUACCAAAUCCAGAUGAGAAAAGUAGAGCAGUGUUUCGUGUUCUGAUGUUGGUCUUUGGAUCAACGUGUAUUUUCUUUGGAAGUCAGGCAUUGAAUGCAGGGUCAGCAGGUGCUUUAGGCUGCAUUCUAUUACCGUUCACUGCCGCUAUACGAUGGAAAAGAAUGAACUGGGAAGAGCAUCAUAAUCCAGUGAACGAAGCUUUGGCCUUCAUAUGGAGGAUUAUUGAGCCAUUUCUUUUUGGAUUAAUUGGUUCAGAAAUUCGAAUUGAUUAUCUGGAGCCACAAACCAUUGGAUUGGCUUUGGCUACAAUAUUUUCUGCUCUUGCAGCAAGAAUAGUUAGUUCAAUGUUAUCUGCCUGCAGUUCUGAUAUGACGAUUAAAGAACAAAUUUUUAUCACAUUUGCUGGAUUUCCGAAAGCCACAGUUCAAGCUGCUAUAGGCCCGACACCAUUGGCAAUGGCAAGAAGACUUAAGCUAGGCCCAGAGUUUGUGGAAUACGGAAUUGUAAUUCUUACAGUAGCUGUUCUUGCCAUUUUUAUACUUGCACCAUUGGGAGCAACAGCAAUUUCUCUACUGGCACCAAGAUUAUUAGAAGCUGAUGCAUCUAAUAAAUUGGAUGAGCAACUGGAUAUAGAUAAUAAAGACAGCAGUAAUAUUACUAUGUACGAAACUUUGCAUGUAACAAAUAAAUCAAAGCAUGAAAUGAAAAUGCCAACUAUUAAGGAAGAAACUCUAGAUAGUUCAAAGUUGUAAAAAUAUUGAAAGUUGUUUGCUUUUAGUACAAAAAAAAAAAAAUACACAUUUCCUUUGUUAGAAUAUUUGCAAAGGGUGUUUUUACAUUAUCUAACAAGAUUUCUUCUUAUUAAACAUACAUCAUUGUAGAUAGAUUUUUUUUCAUCAAAUGCGAAUAAAUAUUUUCAAAAU